ACAACCGAAAAAUUUUGAGAUAUAGUUUUUUUUUCAUUUUAUAAGUGACCAUACUUACGCUGCAGUAGUGUAUUAGCGUAUUAAAUUUAUUGUCACCGUAAUUAAUUAUAAGUACUGUUUUGUAUAAGAUUAUUUAUCACCAAAAGCAGAAAAGUGAUAGUGCACACGACAUAUGUCAUCAAAUGUACAUACACUGCAGAAAAACACCGAACCCUUACAACAUUAAUCAGAUCGUUGGAAAAUCAACAAUUCCUUAAACAAUAGUAUCAUCAUAUUAAAAUCAGCAACGGCGAAGGGAACCUAUACUCUUUUCGGAGGUGGUUAGAUGGCAAGAAACUGCAGUAACAGAAAAGUUUUCGAGCGUAAAAUGAUCUAACCUCAAAAAUAUAGAAGGAAGUAAGAAAGAGGAGGAGAGGAAGCUUAUUUACUAAUCCGUCUCUUUAUUUUAUUAACGCCUGUAUACCAAAGGCAUUCAUGUCGACAUGUCUUGCGAGGCUUGCUCCAUCAAAUUUUCCCUUUUCAAGAGAAAAAAACAAUGUAUGGACUGCUUACGUUAUUUUUGCACAGAAUGCGUCAUAAGGCGCUUCGACAGAAUAUUGAGCUGUGACAAUUGCAGUAUGCUCUCUCGCAGACCUCUUAUAAGAAGCCAAAUAUUGCAAAUGCGAUCCAAAUAUUUGCGACAAUACCUUUUGGCAAAGAAAGUUUCUCUUAGAGGAUGCAUAGAAAAAGAAGAUUUGGUGAAUUUACUAAUUAUUUUUGCUAAUGGUACCGAUGUGAUAAGAAACAAUGAUAGAAUAGGAAAUACACCACAAACCCAAGCAAACGAAAACAGAAGAAAUACUCACGAAAAUAGAACAGGAUUCCAUGAGUAUAGGGCAGAAUCUAAUGACGGUAGGCAGUCAAAUCGUCCUGAAGUACUUGAAACGAAUGAAAAUACUUCGGUACGUCGAUCUAGAAGUCCACAAAAUAAUGAAAGAACAGUUGGCCAUGUUACUACCCCCGAAGAAGUUCAAGAACCAGUGGCCAGUAGAGUAGAUCACCAUGUUGAAAUUGAGGAAGUAUCUGAGGAGGACGAUAUUGAAAUUCAAGUUUCAGAAAAUCACGAAACUGACGGAAACCAAGGACCUGAACCUGUGAUAACUGAACAUGAUGAAGUGUUGGAGGUACCUAACACUGAAGGUAUCCAAGAGAGUAGUAGAAUGUGCUCUGAAAUACAAACGUGGACGGGUACUGUAAAAUUGUCAGAUAUAAAAGAAUUGUCAGAUUUAGAAAAUUUAAGCCCAAAACAGCUUAAAGAUUUACUGAGUAUGAACAGAGUUGACUUUAAAGGCUGUGUUGAAAGAUGUGAACUCCUAGACAGAGCUUGUAGAUUAUGGGAAGAAUAUAAAAAAUCUAGAACAGUUAUCGAAACGGCAGACGAGGAUGCACUUUGUAAAAUUUGUUUGGAUGCUCCAAUAGAAUGUGUGAUAUUGGAAUGUGGACACAUGGCGUGUUGUAUUAAUUGUGGAAAACAAAUGUCCGAGUGUCCUAUAUGUAGGCAGUAUGUUGUUCGUGUUGUAAGGUUUUUCAAGGCCUGAUUAAUUGAUUUUAAAAAAUUUGGUGAUAUACAUGUAUAAAAAAAAAAAAAUACAGUUAUUAUUUAAUUUAACACGCUAAAUCAAAUUAAUUGUUUUCAAUAUAACUAUUGAUUUUUAAAAUUUUUAUCUUUGUCAAUGCAACGUAUAUGUACGAGAUUGUAAAAAGUUAUAGUUUUAAGGAAAGUAAAAUAUAUUUAAAUACCAUCUUCAACAUUAUACUCUCAUUAUAUGAAUUCAAUGAAUUUUCGAUAGCUUUUUAUUAUUAUUAGUAAUAUUUCAUUAUAAUUUGUAAAUUGUCUACUAAUAUUAAGUGAUAUGAUACAAAAUCAUGCCAACUCUUAAUCAGGUUGAGAUCGUAACAUCAAGUCAUGCUAAAACUACAGAGUAAUUAAUAUGUAGGUUGUUUUCUAUGUCAUUUCAUAAAAAUAAAACAAGAUAAGUUAUUAACAAAAAAAUUUACUAUUUUAAAUAAUGCC